AUGGACUACCGUCCCCCGGAAGAAUCCCAAGGAAGCUCGCGUGGAAGCCGUCGUGAGACGCGCAAGGAGGACAGGAUCCCUCCUCGACCUGGUUAUGCUGCUGCAGAGCAGGACCGGUGGGACGAGCAGCGCGACUCGCGGCCAGGCGCCUUCAAUGGCUACGGCCAGCCUGUUUCCGGCCACCACGGGGCGCCACCGCCAUCGCAAGGCUCACACUACGGCCACGCGGCAGAACAGGGCCAAUGGGUCAGGCACGAAGCAUAUGGCCCUUCGCAUCACCGCGACCAUGGAGGCUAUGGAAAGGGCUCCAGGGGAGGGUAUGGAUCUUAUGACCGUGGACCCUACUGA